UCAAACCGUGUAAUGAUAAUUAGUAUUUACAUUUGUUAAUAGUGUUGUAGCCAUGGUGUAGACAUGGCAUAGACAAUAAAUAAAUACAUUAAUGAAUAAAUUAGUAAAUAAAACAUUAGCGCUUAAAGUUAUGGUGCUGACUGCUUUUCACCUACACAGGUAUUUAUGUUAGCUACCUGCGGCUAAUUCUCAAUGCUUCAGUUUGUCAGUGACCUUAUCUUCUAGUUCCCAUAAAGGAGGUUUGACGAUUAAAAGUGCGCGUCAGCAGCUCCACUGAGACUUUUAAUUUGAAAACAGGAAAUAGCAGGCACAAGUGAUAAUCAGCUGACCCAAAUGUUGACAAAGCAAGUUGGCCGCUGGUGGAGGAAGCAGAAACCUUCGCUGGCAGUUUCGGCGAUGAUUUCUCCUGAGCUGUGAUCCAUGUGAAGGGAGGAGAAGCCACCUGGAAACAUUACUGCUGUCAGUAUGGACAUCCAGAACGAGAGGAGAAGGCUGCUGGAUGCGGAGGAUGGAGAUGAGGAUCCGACUGGACUCCUGUCCGAGCAGGAUGCUUACCUGAGUAAAGUGAAAAAUGGGAAGUUGUACCUGGCGACGUUUGCGUCUGUUCUGGGUCCCAUGAGCUUUGGCUUCGUGCUGGGGUACAGCUCUCCGGCCAUUCCCGAACUCACCAGGAUCGCUAACCCUAAUCUGCAGCUGGACAGUGAACAGGCCUCGUGGUUUGGGUCCAUAGUGACGAUAGGAGCAGCACUCGGCGGCCUGUUGGGCGGUUGGAUGGUGGAGAAGAUCGGCAGGAAGCUCAGUCUGAUGUUCUGCUCGCUGCCGUUCGUCUUCGGCUUCACCAUCAUCAUCGCAGCGCAGAACAGGUGGAUGCUUUACAUUGGCAGAGUGCUCACCGGCAUCGCCAGUGGGGUCACGUCACUGGUCGUCCCGCUGUAUAUCUCCGAGAUGGCACACGAGCGGGUCCGCGGGAUGUUAGGCUCUUGUGUGCAACUCAUGGUGGUGCUAGGCAUCAUGGGAGUCUAUCUCGCAGGUCUCUACGUGGACUGGCGCUGGCUGGCGAUCUGCAGCUCCAUCCCGCCCACGCUGCUGAUGGUCUGCAUGUGCUUCAUGCCAGAGACGCCCAGGUACCUGCUGUCCCAGGGCAAGAGGCGGGAGGCUGAGGAGGCGCUGCGCUUCCUGCGAGGGCCGGACGCCCCCGUCGAGUGGGAGUGCGCCCGCAUCGAGGACGCCUGUGAGGAGCAGGGCUCCAGUUUCCAGAUGUCCGACCUGAAGGACCCCGGUAUCUACAAGCCUCUGGUGAUCGGCAUCAUGCUGAUGAUCUUUCAGCAGAUGACAGGGAUCAAUGCCAUCAUGUUCUACGCUGAGAACAUAUUUGAACAGGCACAUUUUAAGGAGAGUGACCUGGCUUCAGUGAUCGUGGGUCUGAUUCAGGUCGUCUUUACGGGAGUGGCAGCGCUGAUCAUGGACAAAGCUGGAAGAAAAAUUCUUCUCAUCAUCUCAGGUGUUGCCAUGGCGAUCAGCACCACAGCAUUCGGGGUUUAUUUCUACCUGAUGACCAAAGUUCACAGCACCACCUCGCUGAGCCUGUUGGUGCUGGACCUGCAGAGCACGGCUGGAGAAGAACCCCACGCUGACCUGGCCUGGCUGGCUCUCGCCAGCAUGGCCGUCUUCAUCACAGGUUUUGCUCUGGGCUGGGGUCCGAUCCCAUGGCUGGUCAUGUCGGAGAUUUUCCCCUCUAAAGCGAGGGGGGUCGCCAGCGCUGUGUGCGUCCUCACCAACUGGACCAUGGCGUUCAUCGUCACCAAAAACUUCAAGGACAUGAUGGUUCUUCUAACCAGCGCUGGAACCUUCUGGCUCUUCGCCUGUAUGUGCAUCGCCAAUGUCAUCUUCACCAUCGCCUUCAUCCCAGAAACAAAGGGAAAGACACUGGAGCAGAUCGAAGCCACUUUCAGAGGGACAUCAGGUCCGUGAGGCCCCCUGCCCCCACCUGCCAAACACAUCACACAUUUCAGAAACUGAAAAGUCUCUGACCUCUUAUCUCUGAACUGACUGGCGCUCGAGACACUGUGUGGGCAUUUUAAAAAUCCUAAUUAAGCCUAUUAAGCUAUGAAGCUGAUUGGCACUUUUUUGAAUCAUUUGUUUUUAUGACAGUUAACAGUUAAACUAAAGCAACACAGCAGCACUGUGACAAAUCCGCCCCUCAGGAGGGCUCAGUUUGUGUUCAAGCUGUUUGACAGAGGUGUUGAUUCAACAGUGAGGGUGUAGUUCAUGGUGCUGUGGAACUGUACUGCUUUUUAAUGAGACGUGUUUCUAUUAUUUUGUUCAUCCCAGUGAGGUCAGACUGAACUGGGAGCUGGGUAAGAAUCAUCUGUUUCUGUAGGAAGUUUAACCUAAACUGUUCAACAUUACAGAGUGUGACAGUCAGGACAUUACAUACAGUUUUCAUCAGGUCAAAUCCUUUAAAUAUGAAGUUGUGCUGAGCAGAUUCGGCUUAGUGUCUCGCUCACUAACACUUGGACUGGAUACGACACUAGCUAAGUACAUUUACUCAAGUACUGUACUUAUGUACAAAGUCAGAGUACUUGAGUCUGCUCUUUUCUUGCCAUUUUAAACUUCUAGUCCUCUACGUACCUGACAGACGUAUCAUUCUUUUUACUGAACUAUAUUUAUCUGAAAGCGUCAGUUACUUUACACAUGAAGAUUUUUGCACAGAAAGCAUAAGAAAAGUUUAUAAAAUAUCAUCUCUUGUUAUAGAUUAAACUACUCAGCAGUUAAUACAUGUACAGCUGAAACAAUUACAAUCAAUCAGCCAAUUGACAGAAAAUGAAUUGGCAACUUUUUGACAAACAUUUAAGUUGUUUUAUAACGUUUUUUAAUAUGUUUUUUGGGUGGUUUAUUUUAAGAUUUUUCUGGAUUGGGUACCUUUACUUUUAAUACUUGAUUAUUGUUACUGACUUUUCCUUUAAGUUACAUUUUCAAUGCACGGCUUCAACUUGUAACAGAAUAAUUUUACGAUGUGGUAUGAGUACUUUUACUUAAGCAAAGGAUUUGAAUGCUUCCUCCACCACUGUGAAAUAAAAUAAAAUAAGAUUUAACUCGGGUGAAUUUACAAAAGGACUGCGCGGGUUUUGCAGCUGAUAAACCUGCACAGACAAGACAUACAGACACCAUGUAAUUCUCAAUGCACCCUGAACUGCACUGCCAAAUAGCAACUAGUGCUUGAGAUUUAAAUGAGUUAAUAUUUGGCGCGAAAUUGUCCCAUUUCUAUGCGAAGGAGCCUCAGUGCAAGAACAGUCCAAUUCACAAAGAUCAGCACCGUUACAGUGAAAUUAUUAUCAUCUUCAGAGAGAUGUUGGGAACUGAAGCGCUCUGUAACACCAGACUUUACAGUGAUCAUGCGGUUGUCUAUUACAGUCUGAAGGUGUGUGUUUGAUAAGACCAACACAACUGACGGGCCAGGAUUUUAAAUCCCAAAUACUGUUUCUCUCCGUCACAUUUAAUUCCCCUCCUGGAGUUUUGAGGAACGUUUGCACCUCAUCUUUCAGGACCUGUAGCUCGUGGGAAAAUCAGUUCCGUCAAAACAGUCAGUUUUCUUUUGGUCUCUGUCAUUAAUCUCCUGACUGUGAUCUUGGUGCGGAGGCAACAUUUAAACUUUGCCACGUGGAUAAUUGCAGUCAGAAACAAAGAAAGGCAAAUUGCACUCAGCUGCAAAACUUCAAGGGCGUGUUUGCGCUGUAAUAUCUUGAGUGCAAUAUCUUUUGUGAAUCAGAUGUUGAGACUGGGGAAAAAGUGGUUGCAAGCUGUGCACGAUUCAUGGUGCUAUCACUGACCACAAUACAUUCUUGAAUUUGCCCAUCAGUGAGCUGCUACUUCCAGUAGUACCUACCUCCAGUACUCUGGCUGCCCCCUGUAGGUCUCACUGCUGUAAUUCACCUCUCAGGCGACACUCAGUUCUUUAUGCUGGCUUACAAUUUCCUUCCAAUGGGCACUUUGACAGAUUACUCAGCCCCCCCAGGAAGUGCACCCUGGACUUUGAGGCCAAUUUACAUAGUGGCUAAACCUUGUAGCUACAACUUGCGGGUCCGUCACGUGAUGCCGCAUUUCUUCAGCGUCACAACCCCUGCGAGAUGAUUCGUUUCGCAAUCGGAAUUUGAUACUUUCGGUCUAAUAACAUUUGAAAAGUCUGGAAGAGCCAAAAUCUUAAAUCAUUUUAUCUCCCUUUUAAGAUAGCAGAUGACUAAACAUGAAGUUAGCCGACUAAAGCCCUAUUCGUACAGGAUUAGUUUUACAUAGGUACGUGGGGUAAAGUAAUAAUUACCAGAAAUUUUAGUUCCAUCCCAAUGUGCCAUGUCAGUAAUCAUUACCGCACGAUGUCAGUAAAGAUUAUCGCGACUUUUACCUUCUGUAAAAGGGUCCCUGACAAUUACCUCAGGUAAUACUAAUCCCGUGUGAAUAGACCAGCAGUAAAUAUGUGUGUAUAUAUUUCAUCAUAUCCUGUUUACAAGUGUUUUUUCGCGGAUUUUCAAGCAUGGAGGCUCUUAAAGAAGCAUUCAGUUUUGCACUUCACAGUCGGACAAGUCCAUGUGAAACCUCAGGUACUGUGGGCCUACGACGAACACAAUUCAAGUGCGUUUGAGUGUGGUACGCACAGGAAGCAACGUCAUACGCACAUGACGACAGGAGGGGACGGCGGUGCGUGAAUGGAUUUACCCCUCCCACUUGUGGUAGUUUCACUGAUAUUUCUUAUCCCGUGCGAAUUGGCCAUUAAUAUUACUGACGUCCUGUGGUAAAGUGACAUUACCCCACGUGCCCAUGUAAAACUAAUCCCGUCCAAAUAGUGUUUACGUCUAUAUUACGCCUUCUCUAUGGACCUAAUGAUGCAGAAGGUUAGGCUAAUUUUGAACCCCGGAAGUGGAUCUUUUUUGGCUUAGUGUGCCAGUUCUCGUUAUACAUCUGUGAUAUAACCAAUGUUACAGAAAGGUAAAAAACUGGGUUUAUAUAAUUGGCGUUAAAGGUAUACUUCAUCCCAGAUCUUUCAUUUGAGUAUCAAGGACUUCUGUCAAAGAGAGAGGAUGCUGUGUAAAAUAAAUAGAUAUCAAAGGCGUCAAGUUUUUAUUGUGGAAAUAAAAAAUGUCCAACAUAAUCUACUUUUCCACUGUUCAUCCAUGUUCCACUUUUACUAAUAAUGAUUCAAAUCUGUCUUAAUCCUCACGCAUCAGCCUUUUAGCAUUUUAAACUCUACACUGAGAAUAUAUUUGGUCAAAAAGAUGGAAUUUUCUCCGGAUUAUUUAGACUUUUUUCACGUGAUUUUCCAUUUUACAAAGGCUGGUAAUGUAUAAGCAGAGUGUAGGAAAUACAGAGACUUUUUGGAACAAUGCUGGUGUUCACUUAUUGUCACAAUGAUUUUCUUCCUUUAGUUGGUAUGAAUAAUGUCUGGUGUUCUUGAUUUUUAAACUCUGAACAAAGAUUUUUGCAGAAACUUUAUUGUACAAAUGUUUUGUGUUGUUUUUGGGAGGGGGAAGUGAACGCAUCAUGAAGUGACUGGGGUUUACACUGACUAACUGUGCUGACUGUUAACGUUACUGUGAAUGAAGUGAGAUUAAACAGAGUCAGUGACGCAAAACUUUUUAAAGCAUAUAUUAACAACAGAAUGAAAAACUGCCAACUGUAAACUCUCUUAAAGAAAAAAUAUGGGAGUGUUUUUAUAACUUUUAUUCUGGUAGAGGAAAUGUUUUAAAUAAAUCUGACUUUUACACAUUUGAGACAGCGAUGAUGUUUGAUUUUAUACUGAAGAAGAAGAAGUGACGUCUCCGAAGAAAAAACAGAUCAUCCAACUCUUUUUUUACUCAUUCGGCUCUCCGUGGUGAUACAUAACUGUCUGUUUGUGGUGUUUGUUCUGAGUUCAGUCUGAACACCAUCAAAUGAAACUCUUUGUCCCAGUUUCCCCACGAUGAAUUUGAUGUUUGUGUUCAUUAUCCGUGUAUGAAACUGAACUGUGUCAUGAACUGUGUCUGUGAAUAAAAUCACUGUGUUGUUUUGAA